GAUGUACCAUCUUUGAUCGUUUCGGCGCAGCUUAACCGGAAAGAAAUCACAUCCUGAAGUUGCGUUGAGGUAAUGCAUCGUUGGGGAUGUGGUUGUUUGAAAACACAAAUAUUCGCACGACAUAUUGAUUUAAGCCGAUAACUACCGGACGGUCCGCCUCAUACGCCGCGGGGAGGUGGACGGGGUCAGUUUCUUUCGAGUACUUGAUACUUUUCUGGAGGCCUCGGGGAAAAACGCAGGACGUUCAGCUAGUGAUAAGUAGCCACUAUGUCGCGGGAGGAAAUGUCUCGUCUCCCGGCCUCGCCUCGACCCCGUUCCUCUGCUCUCUGAUGCCGCUGGUCAACGAAAGCAAGCAGCGGUAACUUCCAUGCAGCUAGCGGCUAGCAGUGACGCGGCACGUCAACGGUAGUCCACGCCAACGGUUUCCACUUCGCGCUCGUUAGCUCGCGAGUCAUGGCGGACAGCUCCGGGGAGCAGCCGGGCGCGCACGGCUCGGGCGUUAACGGACAGGCUGGCGGAGCGUCGCCGAUGCCGUCUUUGGCCAAUUCUUUACCCGCGGGACACCCGGCAACCAGCGGUGCUCACGCCAGCGCCAACCCGGCCUCCCCUCCGCUUGCCUCGGCCGCAGAGAGUGGCCUAUCCGCUCUCGCCCCCCCGAUGGCCGCUGUCACCGCUACCGGGUUUGGCAACGCGUUCACCCCCGGCUCCACUCCGCCGGUGGUGGCCGUGUCUCCGGUUGUACACGGGACCUCGGUUCUACCCGGUGUCGGGCUCGGGCUCAGCGGGGUGGCGGGAGCAGACCUCCUGUCCCAUAUCCACGCCACAUCCUGGGACCCGACCCUCAGUACGGACUGGGACAACGAGAAGGCUUCCCAGCAGUGCAUCCUGAGGAUAAAGAGAGAUAUCAUGUCCAUCUACAAGGAACCUCCACCGGGGAUGUUUGUCGUCCCUGAUCCGCAAGACAUGACCAAGAUCCACGCACUGAUCACGGGGCCAUUCGACACGCCGUACGAGGGAGGCUUCUUCCUGUUCCUGUUCCGCUGCCCCCCCGACUACCCGAUCCACCCGCCCCGGGUCAAGCUCAUCACCACCGGGCACAACACCGUCCGCUUCAACCCCAACUUCUACCGCAACGGCAAGGUCUGCCUCAGCAUCCUGGGGACAUGGACUGGCCCAGCAUGGAGCCCAGCCCAGAGUAUUUCAUCUGUCCUCAUCUCCAUCCAGUCUCUGAUGACGGAGAACCCCUAUCACAAUGAACCUGGCUUUGAACAGGAGCGCCACCCAGGGGACGGUAAGAAUUACAACGAGUGCAUCCGCCAUGAAACCAUGAGGGUGGCUGUGUGUGACAUGCUGGAGGGGAAAGUGCCCUGUCCUGAAGCUCUGUGGAGUGUGAUGGAAAAGUCCUUCCUGGAGUACUACGAUUUCUACGAGGGUGUCUGCAAGGAGAGACUGCAUUUACAGGGACAGAACAUGCAGGACCCAUUCGGCGAGAAGCGAGGCCGCUUUGACUACCAGGGCCUGCUGGCCCGCCUCAGCGCCACCCACAGGCGGGUCCGCGAAAAGAGCCAGGCGGAGGACGACCAUAACGAGGAGCAUUCGGACUCGGACACAAGCUCCACGGGGACAGACCCCGACAGCCAGGGCAGCUCCCAGCCCUGACUGCCCUCGAGCCCCUCGAGCCCCUCAAGCCCCUCAAGCCCCACUCUCCCACACCCCGGGCAGUGCUGGACUCGGAGAACUCAAGGACAAGGGGGGAGGGAAGGGAACCAAGAGAGGGAGGGAGGGAGGGAGGGAGGGAGACAGACAGAGAGAGACCCUCUGAAGCCGUGUGAGGGAUUUAAAAAAUCUGAGCCAGACGGAGGGAGCACAUAUUUGGAGCGCAGGCUCUCCUUCAAAGAUCUGCAAUCCCGUCCUGGGACCACGAGGAGACACCAGCAGCUCUCCUAGUGUGUGCUGGUGAGCUCACAGUGAGUCCGUUAACAUAAGAAGCCAGAGAAAUGUCACCUCUCAUUUAUAUCCACUCCUAUCCCCCCUUUUCAGUUAUGUCGUCUUCUCAUCGUUGGGCUGAAACUAGGGCUUCUUUUGCGUUUUUUUACUUUGGAAACCCCUCCUGUUCUUUGGCUUGUUGGGCUCUCGUGAUUUCAGAUCAUCAUCAUCAUCAUCAUCAUCAUCAUCAUUAGCGACGUCCCCUCCACAAUGCUCCACGCGAGUCGCACUGUCACCUCUUAGUCCACAAAAAUACAAUCCUCGCUUUUUUUUGCACUCUAUAUAUUAAUUUGCCUGCUUUUUUUCAUGGCUAACGGCCCGAUUCUCCCGGCCUACAGGGGGGCCUAAAGACCACAGGACGUGUUUGCAGUGAGGCAGAAAACACUCCGAAAGGACGGGGGUUAAGAUCACUUCCCAUCCAAGUCCUUCUUGAUACGAUGUGCUCAUGCUGCACACACGUUCAAUGUGUUAUUGGUUGCUGAAGUGAUUCCACCUGUUCACAUCCAUCUCAAGCCGUAGAACGCCACAAUAUAGGUACAGCUAGCCUCUCUCCGCCUGAAGGUGACCGGAUCCACAAAGUAGCCUCUUCAAUUAACACAUAUCUCCUCUGUUUAAUGUUUAACAUGAACAAGGUGUAAAACUAUAUUUUACAUGGGUUUAUGUGCCGCUGUAAACAAACAAGAUAUGACGUGUCUAGAAGUGAGUACGAGGUACUGGUGGAAGGAAGUUGUCCAUGGCUAAGCUCGCCGAUAUCCACACAGCGUCAGAAAGGGACUAAAAACACAAGGCCCGGGUCCGAAUGGCGACCGGUCAUGUACGCUUUCCAGCGAGGGGUCGGACACGGUCUGCGUUUAGCUCGCCGCGGUUUGGGUGGAUGAAAAGCGGACCGAACCCCCAGCUCCUCUCCUGGCAGAGGUCCGACGUUGGCGCGGGAUUACUAAUGUGUAGGGCAUUCCUGUUUUUUAAAUUUGUUUUACGUUGUAGAAUGGUUGUACAAGAGGCGGCUCCCAGCACAAUGGAUGUGAUGACAAAAACCUUUGAUUGCGUUGAACUUUGCUGGCACGGAAGUGAGCUUGUGUCCCUGUUUUGGUUUGUGUUGUGUUUGUGCUUAAAGCAGGGCUCGUCUGCUCUAUAGAAAGCCUGGACUCCUGAUGGAAGUCAUCAUUUUCCAGGUCUGCAAAAAUGUUUGUAUUGUACAGAAGUUCUGAUUAAGCACAGAAUAAAAUGUUGUUCAGUUGUGAUACAUGUAAGUAGUGUUUUAUUUGUAUUUCUUGUAGCUUUACACCCACUGUCAACAAAGAAAAGAAGUCGGCGCUGUGUGAUGUAAUGUCUCGUCAUUAAAAGCUGACGCUGUUA